AUGAUAAGUGAGAGACAGAGAGAGAGAGAGAGAGAGAGAGAGAGAGAGAGAGGUCAAGAUGUUAGCCUUCUAACUUAUGCCUCAACCUCCAUUAUACUUUAUCAUUACAUUAUUAUAUUAUCAUUCAUAAAAACAACAAAAUCACACUAUGCUUUAACUUCACUCCUACUCCAAUAUCCCAUAAAACCUCCCUCCCUCCUUAAACCCUUCUGUGCAUUUUCCUUUAUCAUUCUGUUUUUGUCCUGCAAACAAGCUUCUCUCAUUCUCUUCCCCAUAAUGAAACCUCCAAGAGGAACACUGUCUUUGCCCAUCAUUUUUGCAGCAGCAUGUGUUCUUGUCUUCAUAGCCAUUUUCUAUGCAGAGGGAUUCAGGUCUUUCUCUUCCAGUUCCUUCUUCAAGUUCAAAUGCUGUCAUAAAAGGAAAGCCACCCCAAAAUCUAAUGAUAAGAAAGCAGAGGAGGAGGUCGGGUAUUCCUCGUUUACAGAUGAUAGAUUCGAGUUUGAUGCAGAAGAAUGCAAUGUUGCCAAUGGGAAAUGGGUAUUUAACAGAUCAAUAAAGCCUUUAUACACAGACAGAAGCUGCCCAUAUGUAGAUAUGCAAUUCUCUUGUACAAAGAAUGGAAGGAAGGAUUCUCGAUAUCUCCACUGGGAGUGGCAGCCAGAGGAUUGUACCAUACCUAGAUUCGAUCCAAAGCUAGCCCUCAAGAAACUUCGGGGAAAGAGGCUACUAUUUGUAGGGGAUUCACUGCAGAGAAAUCAAUUUGAAUCUUUUGUGUGUAUGGUCGAAUGGAUCAUUCCUGAUAAUCAGAAAUCUAUGAACGAGGACCGUAACCAUCCAGUCUUCACAGCCAAGGAAUAUAAUACUACUAUUGAGUUCUACUGGGCCCCGUAUCUUGUGAAUUCCAACACAGAUAUCCAGAUAAUUGGUGAUCCAAAGAAAAGGAUAAUAAAAGUAGAUUCAAUCACAGAGCGUGCCAAAAACUGGACAGGAGUGGAUAUCCUGGUUUUCAACACCUAUGUUUGGUGGAUGAGCGGCGUCAGGAUUAAGUCUCUAUGGGGCUCAUUUGCCAACGGAGAAGAAGGGUAUGAAGAAUUGGAUGCGCCAGUGGCUUACAAGUUUGCUUUAAAGACAUGGGCUAAUUGGGUGGACUCUACUAUUGAUCCAAACAGAACCAGGGUCUUCUUUACAACAAUGUCCCCUACACACACAAGAAGUCAAGACUGGGGCAGGAAGGAAGGAUUAAGAUGCUUUAACGAAACAAAACCAGUAAGGAAGAAGAACCAUUGGGGAACUGGUUCUGAUAAGACCAUGAUGAGUGUGGUAGCCAAAGUGUUGAAGAAGAUGAAAGUUCCCGUACAAAUCAUCAACAUCACACAGAUAUCAGAGUACAGGAUUGAUGCUCACUCCUCAGUUUACACCGAAAAUGGAGGAAAACUAUUGACAGAAGAGGAAAGACUUGAGCCUAGCAAUGCUGAUUGCAUACACUGGUGUUUGCCUGGGGUCCCAGAUACUUGGAAUCAAAUAUUUUUGGCAAUGUUGUAACAAAUAUUAGCAUAUAGUAAAUAAGAUCUUUAUCUCUCUCUCUCUCACUAAUACCCAUUUGAUAAUCUGCGUAAGGACAACCGUAUCUGUAAAUAAUACCAUUUUCAGAUAGAAAUUUAUCAAAAUAUUUGAAAUCA